AGAGGGGAGCGUGCUUUCCUAAUUCCUUCUGCAGGGGUGAAGUAGUGAGGAUUACAAGACCUUUCCUUUCCUGACUGGAAGAGAGAGAGAGGGAGAAACAGAGGGGAGGACAGUUGGCUGGAUAUUGGAGGCUGUCAAAAGCAGGGGAGAGGAGAGAAGAGCAUGGUCCCGCAGAAGGGCGCAGUCCCGUGUCCCCCGGCUGCCUCGCAGGACGUCCAAAGUGUGCAGUGAGGAGGGCAGGGUGUUCCGCUUCACUCCUGCUGCUCCUGCUGCUCCUGCUGCUCCUGCCUCUCCCAGCGGCAUGCCCUGGAUCAGGAGCCCGCUGGAGCCUCACUGAAGACAUGGCCCAGGCAAAGGGGCGGAGAGAUGGGAUUUCGUCCAAUGAGAAGGCGAGGACGACGGCGGCGAGGGAGGGUGUGGCCUGGCAGGGCCCGAGGACGCUGGUCCUGAGGAAGAACUCGCAGGGCUUCGGCUUCACCCUGCGACACUUCAUCGUCUACCCUCCCGAGUCUUCCCUGCACACCAACCUCCAGGACGAGGAAAACGGCAACGGGAAGGGACUCCAUCAAAGUCGCCUGGAGCCAAUGGACACCAUUUUUGUAAAGAGUGUGCGAGAAAGAGGCCCCGCCCACCAAGCUGGCUUGUGCACAGGGGACCGUCUGGUGAAGGUGAAUGGAGAGAGUGUCCUGGGUAAGACCUACUCUCAGGUCAUCGCCCUCAUACAGAACAGUGAGAGUCUGCUGGAGCUCUCCAUUAUGCCAAAAGAUGAGGAUGUGCUACAGCUGGUGAGUGCAUAUUCUCAGGAUGCCUACCUGAGGGGUAAUGACCCGUAUUCGGGCGGAGCCCGGGACCUGCCAGACCCCCCUCCUCUCUGCUACCCCUCCAGCACGCCGCAACCCCCUCCGGGCCCCGCGGGGCCCCCCAUGGGCCAGAACCAGCUGGACAACUGGAGCCGCUGGCCGGGCUCGGAGCACCCGUCCCCCCUGGACAACCGCCCCAGCUCCGCCAGGGACCCCGGGGGGGCGGGGCGCGCGACCCCCACCCACCGCACCGAGGAGAUCCAGUACGGCAUGACCGGGAAGCAGCAGGCCACCGGCCAGACCCGCGGGCGGACCGCCAACACCUCCCCGCACCACUACCCCAAUCAGAACGCCGGCCACGGCCACGGCCCCGCCCCUCAGCCCCGCCUCAGCCGGGGCGACCGCUGCCAGCAGGCGCUGACGAACUGGUACUACAGCCAGGCGCCGCCCGAUAGGUCGGGCCACGGACACGCCCACGGCCGAGCCCCGCCCCCCCGGCACCGCAGCUACUCGCAGGACCGCCUGAGCGAGGGGCGGGGCCGACUCAGCGUGGGCUGGCCCCACAGCUCCUCUCAGGACACCCUGCUGCUGGCCCCGCCCCUGGGCCACGCCCCCGCCGCGCCCGGCUGGGCGGGGCUCCGGUCCAGCCGCGCCCGCUCCGAGAACCAGCUGGCCGCCGCCAAACACGACCGCUCCCGGGCGGUGGGCCGGUCGCUGGAGAUGCUGGACCACCCGGAGAGAGGGGGGUGGCGGCAGCAGCAGGCUCCGCCCCAGAGGGCGGGGAGUUAUUACAGCGUGGCUCCGCCCCCGAGCGGCAGGCAGGCGCGGCCGCAGCAGCCGCCCCGGAGACCGCCCCCGCAGCCGGCCGAGGAGCCUCUGAUUGGCUACCGCAGCUACAGCCCCUCCUUCUACCGCAAAGCGGGGCGGUUCCUCCAGGCGCAGUCCUUCAGGGACCCCUCCCCCUCGGGGCCGCCGCUGUCCUGGACGCCCUCCCCCAGGUCCAGCCCCCCGGACCCCGCCCCCGCGCUCGGCCCCGCCUCCUCCGCCUCCUCGCUCCUCUCGGCCGUGCUGACCAAUCACGAGAGGCUGGGGCCGGGGCCGGAGGUGGUGCUGAGGCAGAAGCCGCCCACGGGGCGACGCUCGGGCCAGCCGCUCCGCCCCGGUCUGCCCCCGGACGCCGCCGAGCCUCCGGACGCCGCCGCCUCCCCCCCGAGAGACCCCGCCCCUCGACGGACCAACGGCGGCCUGCCCCACCCCCCGCUGGAAGACGAUUCGCUGGCCACCAUCCCCUUCAUAGACGAGCCGACGAGCCCCACCAUUGACCUGCGUGCCCGCCAUGUUCCCGCCUCCUCAGUGGUCUCCAGUGCCAUGAGCUCCGCCCACGCUGGCUUCAGCCCCGCCCUCCCACCCUUCUCCUUCCCCCCCUCCAAGCUCUUCUCACAGGACUGCAGCAACAUCAAAUCCGGCCGUCGCUCUUCCUACCUGGAGGCCAUCACCACGGAGCGCUCCAAGUCGUGUGACGAGGGGCUGAACACCUUCAGGGACGAGGGCCGCGUGUUCUCGAGAUUGCCAAAAAGAGUCAAGAGCUAUUUCGGAGAAGGGUCUCUGGACAGCCUGGCGACGGGUGAGGAGUCCCUGUCCAAGCGGCACUCUACCUCCGAGCUGGGGAACCUCACCUUCAGCGACGUGCGGAAAGAGGGCUGGCUCCAGUACAAGCAGAUCGUCACGGAGAAGGGCAAGAAGGUGGGCAGCGCCAUGCGUCCAUGGAAACGGGCCUUCUCGGUGCUGCGCUCCCAUUCGCUCUUCCUGUACAAGGACAAGCGGGAGGCGGUGCUCCAUGGGGCGGCGGUGCUAGGGCUGGGCGGGGCCGAGGACGAGCAGCCAAUCAGCAUCCGCGGCUGCCUGGUGGACAUCGCCUACAGCGAGACCAAGCGCAAGCACGCGCUGCGCCUGACCACGCAGGACUUCUGCGAGUACCUGCUGCAGGCCGAGGACCAGGCGGACAUGCUGGGCUGGAUCGAGGUCAUCCGCGAGAACAGCAAGAACGACAGCGAGGAGUUGGGAAUAUCUGGCCAGGCUCUCAUUAACAAGAAGCUCAAUGACUACAGGAAACAGAGUCCAACAGGUAGCAAGCCAGACUCUUCCCCAAAGGUCCACCGAAUGAUGGCGUCCUUCCACCUGGCCAAGCCAGAGAAUGCCGGGGGGGUGCCACGCUCUCCAAAAGCGGACAGGAAGGACGAGGGCGGACCCGCUAAAGCUCCCUGGGGGAUCAACAUCAUGAAGAAGAGCAAAAAGGCGGGGCCGAAAGCAUUUGGGGUGCGACUGGAGGACUGCCAGCCUGCUGUCAAUAACAGGUUCAUCCCUCUGAUAGUGGAGAUCUGCUGUGGGCUGGUGGAGGAGAUGGGUUUGGAGUACACUGGGAUCUACAGAGUCCCGGGGAACAACGCCAUGGUGUCCAGCCUGCAGGAGCAGCUCAACAAGGGUGUCGACAUCAACCCCGCAGAAGAGAAGUGGCAGGACCUCAACGUGGUCAGCAGCCUGCUCAAGUCCUUCUUCCGGAAACUUCCGGAACCCGUCUUCACUGAUGACAAGUACAACGACUUCAUCGACGCCAACCGGAUGGAGAACACAGAGGACAGGCUGAAGACCAUGAACAAACUGAUCCAUGACUUGCCAGACUGUUACUACCACACUCUGAAGUUCCUGGUGGGCCACCUUAAAACAGUGGCUGAUCACGCGGACAAGAAUAAGAUGGAGCCGCGGAACCUGGCCCUGGUGUUCGGCCCCACCCUGGUGCGCACCUCAGAGGACAACAUGACCGACAUGGUGACCCACAUGCCCGACCGCUACAAGAUUGUAGAGACGCUCAUCCAGCACUAUGACUGGUUCUUCAGCGAGGAUCUGGACAAGGAUGAAAAGACUCCAGUGGACACGGCGGACCUGCAGCCCGUACCCAACAUCGACCACCUGCUGUCCAACAUCGGGCGGACCGGCGUUCUGGGGGAGGCUUCGGAUUCAACCAAUAGUGACUCGGCUAAGUCCAAGGGCUCCUGGGGGUCGAAGCGGGACCUGUCCGCCAAGGACUUCCUGUCCAUCAUGUCGGCCGUGACCCGGAAGCGCAAGAAGAGGCCCGACCAUCGCGUCCUGGGAAGCAGCACGGACGAGGACUCUGAGCAGGAGCCCAACAGGGCCGCCCAACAGGAGGAGGGGGAGGAAGGGGCCGGGGGAGGAGCGGGGGCGCCCAGAGCGGAGGGGGAGGAGGCGGAGGAAGAGGACGAGGAGGACGAGGAAGAGGAAGAAGCUGAGAGGACAGUAGAGGAGGUGAUAUUACCCAGAAGGCAGCGCGAGGAAGAGGAGGAGGAGGAAGGGGAGCCGGGGAGAGACGAGGUGUUUCUGCUCCCGGAGGAGGUGGAGGAGGCGGGGGCGCGGGCUGGCGACUGGAGGGGGACGGAGGACGAGCGGUCCGUGGUCUCGGGCUACUCCACCCUCUCCACGCUGGGCCGCAGCCGGGGCGACGAGGCUGACGACGAGUGCAGCGAGCUGGUGAGCGAGACGGACAACGAGAGCGGCUUCGCCUCGCGCUCCCUCACCCAGGAGCGGCCCGAGAAGCCGCCCCCGGUCCCCGAGAAGCCCGCCCUGCCCCCUCGAAGCUUCCUCUACGGCCACUGCAAGCCCCCCGGCCAGAGCCUGGCCCCUCCGGGGGCCGCGCCCGCGACCGCUCCCGAGCCGGACCCGGAGGACAGGGGGGAGGAGGAGGCCCGGAGCACCACGCCCUCGUCUUCCUCCUUCUCCUCGUCCUCCUCGGUCAGGCCGUACCUGCGGCCCUCCUUCUGCUCGCGCCGGCUGAUCCAGGGCGACACGCUGGCCAGGAAGAAGGUGAAGGGGGACAAGGCCAAGGUGCGGUCGCUGGACCUGGACCUGGAGCUGGGCAUCACCGGCGGGGACGACGGGGUGGAGGGGCCCCCGGCGAGCGGCCCCCAGGACCAGCCGGAAGGGCCCCGCAGGAGAGCCCCUAGCCCGGGCCCGGCCCCCAGUCCCGAGGCCGCCUCCUUCUCCCCCGGCGGGCGUGUCCCGGGGGCGGCGUGGGGCUCCCUGGCCGAUCAGGUGCGGGCGCGGCUCAUGGGCUCGGCCGACGACCUGCGAGGGGUGGGGCUGCGGCCGGCCGUCUCCCCGGAGACGCGGCGGAAGAGGCGGGCCUGGCGCCGCCACACCGUGGUGGUGGACAUGAGCGGACAGGGCGGCCAGGUCCCCUCCGCCGACAAGCCCCCCGCGCCCGUCUCAUCCAAGCCCGCCGUGCCGCCCCGCCCCCCCAGAAUCCCCGGCCAGUCAGGACAGCCGGAGCACACCGCGCUCUCCGUGCGGCCCACGCCCCCCUCCCGCUUCCACGAGUACCUAUAACGGCCGCCGCUGCUAACUUCUAACUGCUAACUGCGCACAGACAGUCUGUUGGCCAUGACCCUCAAACAAAACAAAAGAAACAUAGCAAGCUUCUCGUACCAGUGCUCUCGCCAUGCCGGUAAGCUGGGACUGCUGGUGUUGGCAUAGUUACGGCAGUGGGCGCUGGGGGAGUGGCCAGAGGCAGGGGGAGGACCUCUGUCAGGGGCAGGUACAACGCUGUUCACAUUCCUCUUACGCUCACGUGAGCUCCGCUAGCCCGACAGAGGUGCUGCACUGUUGCCAAAGCUGUACCACCACACCGAGGUAGACCACUGCAGUUACAUGUAGAAGCCCCGCCUCUUCUUCGUGUGUUACAGGAAGAGGAGGGGCGGCAGCUCCACACAAGCCUUCCCAGGUUUCCCUGCGGAAUCUUCCGUGGCUUAACGCAGUCACCGCGGUAUUAUGUUGGGGUGAUGUCACGAGACGCGCAUUUAAGAGGUGCCAAGGAAGGCUGAGGGUUUUUGACAGAUGUUCACUCAGUCUGACACACAUCCACUCACACACACACACACACACACACACGCACACAAACACACACACAAACACACAUGUGGGGACCUUACACAAGUGGGGACCUGAGGCUUACAGUAUUACACAGACAGUGUUAGAACAGGGGCACUUAGCAGAGAGACUGCAGGAGAGCCUAUUUAAUGUCUGUUUCUGUCUAUCUGGGAGUAUAUUGAGGACGUCUGGCCUUUAGUCUGGUCUGGUGCUUUUAAACAGGCUGUUUAUCCUUCCCUCCGCUCCAGUUAACCACAGGAGCCAGCCUAUUUAGCCUUGAUCUAGAGGUGCAGCAGCCAUUACUGCCAUGCUACUGACCACUGCCCCCCCCUACACACACACACAUACACACACACGCCCCAUGCUGCCUGCAGCUCAAUGACUGCCUGUCUGUUGAUCUGUUCAUGUGUGUGUGCAUUCCUGUGCCUGCUUGCCUGUGUACCCACAAAGGGAGUGUAUGAUUGCGUGUGAAACCAUUGUGUAACAUUUGUACAAAGCCUUGCUAAGUUAACCUUAUGUACAUAUAUGUUAUAUAUAUAU